ACUGGUCUUGUAUAUGUUGAAAAAUGCCUUCCUAACACGAGGCGCCAAGGAGCUUAAGUGUAACUCACUCACACACAGUAAAGAAAAUGACGAAAGUUCCUCCGGGGUUUGAUUUCAGUUUCUUAAAUGACGAAGAGGCUAGGAAGAUCCUUCAGGUGCUGGAAAGAAACGAGGAGCUACGGAGGGCCGAGAAGGACAGGAUCAGCAAACUUCAGAAGACAAAGAGGGAUAUCAGAUGGCUUCAGGGAGUGACUGGUGAAUGGUUUGAAGAAAUUCAAAGAAAAAAGUUUUGCGAUGAAACAGACGUUAGCCAAAUGUUAAAACAACCACUUACAUACAGGCUAAGGAAGGAGAUGGCAAAAAAUGAUCCAAUAGAAUUACCUACAUCAAGAUCCAAAAAUUUAACUAAUCAAAAAAAACCAACAUCUGUUUCUUCCCGGAUGAGCUUCAGAUCGUCAUUUGCUUCCCUGUUCUCGUUCAGGAAAUCUGGAAAGGAGACUUCAAAGCUUCCAUCACUGGGACAGAAAGGAUGCGACGGCCACGCAGGACCUCCGGUGCCUGUGAGGGGAGCUGCUGUGCAGGCAAAAAUAUACAAUUCACCCCUGGAAAAUCAACUAGUCAAGAGUGCAUUUGUCCCCAAGCCAGCAGUCAUGAGGGAGGAGAGUGGCAUGCCUCCGCCGUGGGACACUUCACUGCUGGAGAAUGAGUUUUUCCAAGUUUUAGAUGACUUGGAUAGCAAAUUGGCUCAGGAACAGUCUGCAAGCUCGGUGAACACCAGAACGCCCCUCAACUAUGGAUCAAGAACACAUUUUAGUCAUUUUUAUUCCAGCAGGAACAGACAUGGUAAUAUCUCAGAAAGGCACAAAAAACACUAUAAUGACACUUCCAAUAUGUCUAUCUAUGACAUCCUAAGACCAGGAACUCCUAGGGAAGGUUUUAAAACAUUUUCUCCUAGGACAAGGACAAUUUAUGAUAUGUAUAGAACAAGGGAGCCCAGAGCCUUUACAGAAGAUCCUGUGCAAAAGAAUACUUUUGGAAGUACUUCGCUGUGUUUUGACAGUAGGCAACGGUCGGCCUUACCAGCCACAGGGCAUUUCACAGCAAGAAGCUUACAUUUUCCAGCCACAACUCAGAACAAGAGUGUGUUUGUACCACUAAGGCACCGGCAGAGUCCAAAGAGAACUCCUUUAUCAUCCAUCAUAUGGAACAGAUCGGAUUUCUCUAGAGAUAGGCAGAACCAGGCAGAGUUCCUGAGGGCACCAUCACCAAUGGAAAUUGACCCUGCUGACAAGUAUGCGUAUCCCAGGUACUUUCAGGAGAAUAGGAGCUAUGAAUCAUACCAUUCAGAGAAUAUUUACCACCAUGUUAGUUUAAAUGCCCCCAUGGAGAAUGCAAUGAGUCCUGACACUUUUGAGAACUCAGAGAAUAUGCCAUUCUACCAUCAAAGCAACCCAUUUGCCAGAUCUUUCUUCAGCAAUACCUUUGGACAAAGCAGAGAACAGAGGAGAUUUGGACAAAGUCCUUUUGGGGGUCAGCAGAUAGCACAUUCUUCCUGGUCUGACUUUCAUCGAAGCAGGAAUUCAUUCAGUUCUUCUGACAGAGAAUUUGAAAUGAUUUCCAUGGAAGCAAAUAGUGCAUCAGCUAUUCAUGGCCAUAGUGUUUCUUCUGAACAAUGGGAAUCAUUUUCUUCUGGUUAUGGAACAGAUGUUUCCAGAGGCCAAGAAGAGCCAUCUCCCUGGCAGUUUGAUUUUCAGACAUCCACACUGGAGAGGAUGGAGGUAUCACAUGGUAAUGAGAACCAGUUGACUCCUCAUUUUGGCACGCCAAAUGUUUGCUCCAUGACUGGUUCAAGCUGUCACAUCAAAUCUGGUGAGUUGGUAAGUCAACAGGAGGACAAUUCUCCUGUAGACGUACAUAUAAACAAAGAAGCUUCCUCGUUUGGAAUUGCUCAGACUCCAGUACCCUCAUUCAAAACUUCCUUUUCCCAGAUUUCUGAUGACAGAAGGAAUUCUCAGAGUUCCAACUUGCAGAAUCCCACAGGCACUUUGCCGAAAAUUAUUCUUAAUAAGCCUGCCUCUCAUCCAAUGAGAAGCCAUGCAGAAGUCACUAUAACCAACAGCAGUUCAACUGACUCUCUGCCUCUUGCCAAAAGCCAGCCCAAUAUCACAGAAGUAAAUAGUGAGAAAGACUUAAAUGAAUUUAUUUCAAAAGAAGACAGACAGCUAAGCAUGAUGGACCAGACAAAAAAGGCAAGUGAAAUACCCCAACCUGUUUCACAGACAGGGAUCUCAAACCCUUUACCUGAUUUUCAAAAUCCCUUCUCCCAGGACUCAGCCAAGAGCAACAGGUUGGAUUUUAAUGCAUCUACCACAAUAAGUUCAAAAAAGUCACCCAGAGUCUCUUCCCGGAAAGAUACCUCCAAAACGUAUAUACCGUAUAAAGAUAAAUCCAGUGACACUAAACAAGAUAAGAGGUUUACUGGGAACAGAAAACUUGGCUCGACAGCUUCCCUUUCUUUCAUUCAGGAACACAGAACACCACCAUCUCUCCCCAGGCCAGACCAAGGUUGUCACCAGGAAUUAACUGUAACUAAUGAAGAUAUUUCAAGCAUUGUUACAAAUAACCACUGGAGCUCCGCACUGACUGAUACUCAAAAUGCACAAUCUCUAGAAAAGCCUUUGGCUGCCGGCCACAAGACCUCGUGUGAUUCUUUAGCUCUGUCAUCAGCUGCAAUACCAGAUUCCUCACCCUCCAAUAAUGCUUCCAUUGAUGCUCCUGUGGUUCCAUCUACUACAGUGUUCUCCAGGAGAAGUCCUUCAGACAAAGAUUCAUCACUGGGAGAAAGAAAAGAAAAAGACAAUGCUGGGAAGGACCAAAAUAAUCAGUUUGUUGUAAGUCACUCAGAAAGCCAAGAGAGAAAUGAUAGUCAUGUGCCCGCACAUGAUGAAGUGGUUGAUGUUGUCAAAUGCCAUUCACACUCUCCUUUUAGGACCGGAAGGGGAAAAGGAAAAAUAAGGCAUCGUAUAUCCUGUAUUGAAAAGUUAAGCAAAACAGAAAAUAGAAAAGUACCCACCAGUGGUCGCAGGAGCCUCAUUGAAGCAAAUCAAAGCAAUUCCAAAGCUUCUGAGCUUGACACAAUUUAUUGUACCUUGCCAAGAAAAUCAAGCAGUUUUCUCCUACAUGGCAGACAGUCAGGAAGUCAAAUAAUGCCUGCUUCAUUGAGGAAUGGGCCACUUCCCUUCCAAAUCAAAAAUAAUGUGAAAGAUACAAUGGGGAACUCUACAUUAAACAAAUUUAGUCCCAGUUCUCCUGAGUCAGUGACUGAAUGUUCCAAAGUCAUUUCAGACUCAGCCCUGGGAGCACCUGAAACCACAGAGAGAAUGACAAAUGUGAAAAGCGGUGGAUCCACUUCUUUUAGAAAAGGACCACUUCCGUUCCUCACCAAGAGGGCUACGUCGUGUCCCUCAGGGGAGCCACAUGCCUCCACUGGAAGAGAAGAAAGAAAGAAGUCAUUGGCCUCAGGCAUGGACGCUUCUGAGCAAACAUCAAGGCUUUGGGAGAGAAUUAUUUGCCCUGUGGAAAGUGGCUCAUCUGUUAGAGAUUGUUCUUUAACCAAAAGACACCACCAAAAGGAAAACUUCCAAGAAUGCACUGAGAAGGAAGGUAAAGUGGCUGCCUCCAGGAGAAGUCUAUUUGCCCUUUCAAAUGAAGACCCUUUACCUUUUUGUUCAGACUUGUCAGGAAAAGAACGGGAAAAAACUUUACAUAAAGUUAAGACAACUAGUAUGUUUUCUGUUUCUGGUGAUGAAGAUAAUGUAAAAUGUCUGGAGGUGGUCUCAAUAUAUUACACUCUACCGAGGAAACCCAGCAAAACAUUCUGUAACCUCCUUCAACAGUAUACACAAAAUACUGAUUCACUAAUAGAAUCACCUCAAGUGGAGACUGAAACAUUUCCUAAUGCUUUAGAAAAAGAUGCACAGAAUUAUUCUACACGAGAGCAGUCAGGAACACCUUCGUGUGAAGAUCUAAAGAUGUCGGUCAACUCUGAUCAGAGUCUGACCGCUGAAAAUACGACUGCCUUCCAAUUAUCAAAAAGGGGGCUCCUAGAGCCUGCAUUACAGGAAACGGCUUCUACUGAGGCAGCUGUUUCUCUUCCUAAAGAGGAAUCUAACGUUCGAGAGAUUUUUUCAGAUAAUUUAGCCAAAACACCUUUAGAGGAUUCAGAAAACAGGAAAGAAGGAGGCAAAAAAUUGCAAAGUGAAACCCUGCAUACUUUAUUGAUGCUUCAGGGAAAAAAUGUUUCUGAAGAAAGAUCCGAAAAUUGCCAACAAUCCGUUAAUUCAAGUGACAGUGGUCCCUCUAGUCUUCCAGCUCUUUCAGAAAAUAAAAUUGGAAAUUCCCAAACCAGAAGAAGUUCUUGGGAGUGUACAGGGAGUGGUAGAGCCAUUCCAUUUAUUGGAAGUGGGAAGUGUCCUCAGAAAGAUCACAUAUCCACAGCUGUAGGUGAUGGCUCCAAUGGCUCACAGCCUAAGGAAGGCAGAGGGGACAUUGAAACCAACUGCCAAAAAAUGACUAAUGAAACACUUUCUCACUCAGACGGCCAAGUCUUUGCUCUUACUCCAGCACUGCAUAAACUACGGCUUGGUGAGGAGACUCAGUCAGAUGAACCAGACUUAGAGAAUCUGCAGUCUGGACCUAGGGAAUUACCUCAAAGAAGUCAGAAGGCAGAUAUGACAGAGAGCAGGAAGGCUGAAGAUGAAAUGCAGUUAGCAUGGGAUCAACCUUCCCUUCCUGAAGGAAACAAUAAAAAUAAAACCACCUUGGAAGACCUAGUAAAGGGGGAAUAUAGAUCUUCAGGUAAACACAGAUUGGCAGCCAUGUCUAAAGCAAGCAGAAAAUUCCCAGCUAAAGAUGUAAGCCCUAGAAGACAUGUAGCUACUAUCUUCCCCAAAAGUAGGAGUAGGUCUGGCUUUGACCAUUUACCUGUUGGCACAGUGGAGUGCAACCCACUCUUCCCUGAGCCUACUCCUAAGUCUGCAGAAUCCAGAGGUGAAAGCAGGUUGAGUGAGGAUGGAUUGCACAUGAAGAAGUCUGAGAAGCCUCUCCCCACUACUUUACUACCCAACAGAGAACCUUCUACACAUGUCAGCAACCAGAAGUCUAACAGCAUUUCACAACGACAUCCGAAUGAGUUAAAAAAUGUCCCAGAAUCACAACAGCAUGAGAAUUCUAAAGAUGUCACAGUAGCUCAGAAUUUAGAAAGAGAAUCAGGAGCCCCAUCCCUGCUCACAUUCACCAGCCUCGGGGAAGCAGAAUUCUCUGACGAUCAGAGGAGGCUGAGCCCUCCUUUUCCACUGGAGCCUGCACAGAAAUCUGGAGUAAGCAUCCCACUGGCCAGUUUUCCGCAGCAACAAAGGAGUGCUUCAUCUCUGGAGUGGGAACCUGAGCCAUACAUCUAUCGUUCAAAGAGUUUAAAAAGUAUUAAUGUGCAUGGUGAUCUGCUACGAAAAAGUCAUCCUCCAAAAGUCAGGGAGCGCCAUUUUUCUGAAAACACUUCUAUUGUCAAUGCCCUGAGUCGACUGACCCUUGGGAAUGAAUUCUCUGUCAACAAUGGGUACAGUCGAAGAUUCAAAUCUUUUUCUGAACUCCCCUCCUGUGAUGGAAAUGAAAAUUGGACUUUUCGCAGCAGGACAAAAGCAGGUCCCAAGUCUGCAACAUCUAUAUGCAGACCUAUCGACUAUGGGAUCUUUGGGAAAGAACAACAGUUAGCUUUCUUAGACAAUGUGAAGAGGUCACUUACACAAGGAAGAUUAUGGAAACCAAGUUUUCUUAAGAACCCGGGCUUCCUGAAAGAUGAUUCGAUGAACCCUCUCAACCCCUCAGAGUCAUUAAGCUCAAAUUUUCCCAGUAGUCAGAUGCCAGAAGAUGGCUUAUCUCCAAGUGAACCACUUAAUAUCUAUGAAGACGACCCAGUAGACUCAGAUUGUGAUACAGACACAACCACAGAUGAUGAAUACUACCUGGAUGAAAAGGACAAAGAGUCAGAACUGUGAGGCUUUUUCAAUAAAAUACUUUACCUUUUCCACCAAAAGCUUAUAAUGGAACUGAGGUGUAUAUGUGCACAUGCAUGGGAGGAUAAAAGAUCUAGUCUGGGCAGUGUCUGCUCUGAAAUGUCCCACAUCUCCUUUUUUUCCUCCACACCCAGUAGAGACACUUCCUGAAAGCUAGACAAAGAAUUCUUGUUCUGAGAGAGUCUCUGCUAUUUUUCUCUCUCUGUAAAUGUUCUUAGCCUGCCUUUCCACCACUCCCACUUAAUCCCUAAUUCACUGUCUGACUUGGGCUUUCUGCUUUACUUCCCUCCUAACAUUUUUCAUCUUUGUGAUUUACAACCUUAGUAUCCCAGGUACAUACAAAACUUACGCAUUACCCAGCACAACUGCAAAACUCUGUAUUUGUUCUUUGGGUCCACACCUUAUGCUUAUGACAUUAAAUAAAACGCAGAGACAAUAACAAUGGGGUAAAUGUUAUCAUCCUGUUUGACUCAUGAACAUUUAGGAAGUUUCAGGUGGUGGUUUUCUCUUUCAAACAAAGAUAAAGGAAUUUUUUUUUAACCUGAGAAACUGAUUGCAAA